AUGAAGAAAACAAAGACUUUCCCGAAUAAGAAGUCUUCUAAGCCACAGAGCAACAUUAGUACGACUAAAGUGGAUGAGAAAAUUCCCAAUCAAGAUUCCUUAGACGAUGAGAACCAAGGAUUCGGUGGUUGGCUGAGAUCAGCAGAUGGCCUCGAAAAUAUGAAAUUAUUCGUCAUAGCUAACAGCAUUGUAAUUCUAACUACGUUGGUAUACCCGCAGCUGCAGGCCAUUUUUGAUAUUAUUUCAGAAACAAUAUACGGAACGGAUACAGAAUAUUAA